UCCUGAAAGUUGGUGCUGGUCGGCAUUGCGGUGUUUGUGAUGUCUGGUCCAACUUUAACUUUCUUCUGUAUCAUAAUAUGCGCUUCCUGGACAGAAAAGCAAGCAGUUGCGUCUCCACCAAAUGUUAUCAUUAUGCUUAUGGAUGACAUGGGUUGGGGAGAUUUAGGGGUUUUGGGCCAGCCCUCCAGAGAGACCCCUAAUCUGGAUGCUAUGGCUGCACAGGGCAUGCUUCUCCCAAACUUCUACACUGCCAACCCUUUAUGUUCACCAUCCAGAGCUGCACUUCUCACCGGGAGGCUACCUGUCCGAAAUGGUUUCUACACCACUAAUGGUCAUGCCAGAAACGCAUACACACCACAGGAGAUUGUAGGAGGAAUCUCCCAGGAUGAGAUCCUGUUACCUCAGAUGCUGAAAAAGAAAGGCUACGUCAGCAAGAUAGUUGGGAAAUGGCAUCUGGGCCACAGAGCGCAGUACCUGCCCCUGAAGAACGGCUUCGAUGAAUGGUUUGGUGCACCCAACUGCCAUUUCGGGCCCUACAACAACAGCGGGCGACCCAACAUCCCUGUCUACAACAACUCGGAGAUGGUCGGCAGAUACUAUGAGGAGUUUAAGAUUGACAGAAAGAUGGGAGAGUCCAAUCUCACACAGAUUUACUUGGAGGAAGGUCUUGACUUCAUAUAUCGACAGAGUGUGGCCCAACAGCCCUUCUUCCUGUACUGGGCCGCUGACGCCACUCAUGCCCCUGUCUAUGCUUCCAGACGCUUCCUCGGGAAGAGCCAGCGAGGCCGGUAUGGUGAUGCGGUGAUGGAGCUGGACUACAGCGUUGGUCAGAUCCUGUCACAGCUGAGAACUCUUGGUAUUGAAAAUAGCACCUUUGUUUUCUUCACGUCAGACAAUGGAGCCGCUCUUACGUCUGGCGCAAAUGAGAGUGGCAGUAAUGGGCCAUUUCUCUGUGGGAAGGAGACCACUUACGAAGGGGGGAUGAGGGAGCCUGCCAUUGCCUGGUGGCCCGGACAUAUCACAGCAGGCACGGUGAAUUUCCAGCUGUCCAGUAUAAUGGACCUGUACACCACUAGUUUAUCACUGGCAGGCAUCAGCCCAGUUGAUGAUCGAGCCCUGGAUGGACUGGACCUGACACCAGUUUUCCUGAACAGCUCACACACACUGCAAAACAGGCCAAUCUUCUAUUACCGUGGAAAUGAACUGAUGGCUGUCAGGCUUGGGCAAUACAAGGCCCACUACUGGACCUGGACCAACUCGUGGGAGGAGUUCAAAAAGGGUGUAAACUUUUGUCCAGGUCAGGAGAUCCCAGGUGUGACCACACAUGAGCAAAAGGAGCACACACUGCAACCUCUCAUUUUCCACCUGGGUCGGGAUCCCGGGGAGAAGUUCCCCAUCAGUGUUUCAACAAAGGAGUACCAGGAUGUACUCAGCCGCAUCUCGCCAGCUGUGGAGCACCAUAAGAAGACACUUGUUUCAGGCAUCCCCCAGCUCAACAUGUGUGACGUUGCAGUGAUGAACUGGGCCCCAGCCGGCUGUGAGAAGUUAGGAAAGUGUCUCAAUGUGCCCAUGUCAUCUCCAUGGAAGUGCGAGUGGCCACACUGAAGAAGCAGGAAGCCAAACUCGAGCAUGUGCCUUACUGAAGAUCAGAAUACAACUUUUUUUAUCUGCUAUCUUUAAAUUACCAUGUUGUAUUUGCUAAAAUGUGAAUGUCAAAUUUAGUACUGAAUAAGUAUCACGGUGGUAUACCAUGAGAUUUGCCACCUUAUCAAAUUAUUCUUAUUUAAUUUUUUUGCAGUUUCCCCACUUUAAGAUUAUCAGAAAAAUUUAAAUAUCUGACAAAAAUAACCCAAGUCCACAUAAAAUGCAAUUUUUAAAUGGUGAUUUUAUUUAUGACGGGGGAAAAAAACUAUUCCAAUUUACUGUGUGAUAAUCCCUGUGUGAAGAAGUAAUUGCCCAAAUUGUUAAAUCGUGAAUUAACUUUGGCUAAUCACAUUUUUGGGAAAGCUGAGUUCAUUUUCACUGACCACAUCCAAUCCUGAUUAACUCCAGACCUGUUCAAUGAGGAAAUCACUUACAUACAAUGAAAUCGGAAAAAAGAUUUUUAAAAACUGCAACAAAAUGUCACGAUCCAAAGAAAUUCAAGAACAGAUGAGAAAUAAAGUAAGUAAACAUCUGUCAGUGUGGAAAGGGUUACACAGCCAUUUCUAAAUCUUUAGGGAACCACGGUGAGAGCCAUUAUACUCAAAUGGAGAAAACAUGGAACAGUGGAGAACCUUCCCAGGAAUGACUGGCCCUGCAAAAAAUAACCCAAGAGCACAGUGACGACUCAUCCAGGAGGUCACAAAAUAACCCAGGACAACGUCUAAAGAACUGCAGGCCUCCCUUGCCUCAGUGAAGGUCAGUGUUCAUGACAAAACAAUAAGGAAGAGACUGGGCAAAAAUGGCAUCCAUGGCAGCGUUCCAAGGUGAAAACCACUGCUGACCAGUCGUCCCUCAUGCCGCUAAAGGCUCAUCUAACACCCCCCCAAAAAAAAAACAUCUAAAAAAUUUGGGAGAAUAUUCUAUGGACUGACGAGAUGAAAGUUGAACUUUUUGGAAGGUGUGUGUCUCGAUCCAUCUGGUCUAAAUGUAACACAGCAUUUCAGAAAAUGAAUAUCAUACUAACAGUCAAACAUGGUGGUUUAGAUCAUCAGUUUGUGACCUCAAACUUGUGUUCUGCAGUAGGACAGUGAUCCAAAACACAUCAGCAAGUCAACUUGUGAAUGGCUGAAAGGAAAAAAAAUAUAUAUGAAGGUUUUGGAGUGGCCUAGUCAAAGUCCGGUCUUGAAUCUGAUUGAAAUGCUAUGGCAUGACCUUAAAAAGGAAGUUUAUGUUCUAAAAACCUCCACAGUUGCUGAAUUAAAAGAAUUCUACAAGGAAGAGUGGGACAAAAUACCUCCAAAGAGGUGUAGAACACUCAUUGCCAGUUAUAGAAAACACUUGAUUAUAGUUAUUGCUGCUGAGGGUGGCCCAACCAGUUAUUAGGGAAAUUACUUUUUCACACAGGGCCAGGUAGCUUCUAAUAGUUUUUUAAAAAAUAUUUAUGAAUAAAUAAACUCGCCAUUUAAAAACUGUAUUUUAUGUUUACCUUGGUUAUCUUUGUAUGGUCUUUACAUAUGCGUUAUGAUCUUAAACAUUAAAGUGGGAAAUCUUUGCAAAACAAAAAUAAAGAACUUGAGAAGGGGGCAGAUACUUUUUCAUGUCACUGUAUUCAUUGAUCAACUUUCAGGGAUUAUUAUCCUAAACAGAUAAGCAUAGUUUCUGAGAUUAUAAUGACAUAACUCUAUUUGUUAAUGCUUUUUCAACACAUCUUUUGCAUUUAUGAACAAUCUUAAAUUACAGAUUUUUAAACCAUCACCGCAAGAUUGUUACCAAGCUUCCUUACUGCUAGUCUCUGAUCAUUUGUGCAAUGGUCUGCUGGAUUUUUCCAUUUUUGAAAUACUUUUUAGUAAUGUUGAAAAUGCUGCCAAUUAUCUUGAAUAAAAUCUGUCCCGAAUGUUAUUAGCUGUACAAUUCUCCUUUGUAAAUGUAAUUAUUUCAAUUAAAUGUAUGUUUUAAAUACA